UUUAACUGUUAAUGAAGGACAUUUCAAGAAGAAUCUUUGAAAAAGAAAAUUAAGCAGAAGUUUCCAACAAUCCUAGACAAUUAAACAAAUCCCUGACUUAGUUAGUGUCAUUGACAAUGAUAAACAAUACUCGAAGUAUUACAUAAAAUACUAUGUCAUUAGAAACUGAAUUUAAAGGCGUAGAUAUAAAGAAUACUCAAGUACCUGUCUCCCAAAGACCACUUGUAUUUUGUAAGCCUGAGUAGAGAGUGAAAACGGUGAAAACUAUACCAUCCCCAUAAAAAUAAUCCUAAGAGAAGAGCAACGAGAGUCAAUCAAAAGAAUUAUGUAAUUUGUUAUAGAACUACUCAGAGCCAAUUUUAGAUUAUUAUACUAAAUUGGAUGUAUGUUAUUUAAAUAUAUUUUUAGACUGAAACUCCUAAAAAUAGUUUAUAAAAUCAUUCUAUAAAUACCAGUUUGAGAGCAAAAAUGAUAGAUUGGAUAGUUGAAGUUCUUUCAUCUUAUAAAUGCAAGGAUCAAACGUUUCAUUUAUCAAUAAGAUUGAUGGAUUUGUAUCUAUCAAAAACUACUCAGAAACAUCUUCCAUAGGACUUGCAUUUAGUUGGAGUCUCAUCAAUGUUUAUAGCAUGUAAAUAUGAGGAAAUCUAUCCUGUGAAAUUGCAGGUAGUUUAUGAAAAAAUUGCACACAAAAAAUUAACUAAGGAAGAAAUCAAGGACAAAGAAGCAGACAUAUUAUAAGUUCUUGAUUUCAAUUUGAAUGGAACUACAAUAUUAGAUAUCAUAACAAUGGUCUUGUCAAUUCUAAAUCUACAUUAAUAGUUAUAUGAAGUGGCUAAUUUUUUAGCAAAAUUAGUAUUUAUUAUAAUUUAAAGCAGGCUUUAUUUGAUUAUGAAUUUGUCAACUAAUACUCAUAUUUGUAGUUAGCAUGUGCAGUUUUAAUUGUCAGUACAAAGACGAUAGAAUUGAUUGAUUAAAAUUUAUCAUCAGAAGUGACUAUCUCAUUGAUUAUAUCUACAUUAAAACUAGAUUAUAAAGAUUCCAUUACUUGUGCCAAUAGAUUAUUAGAAUAGGCCAAAGGAUUUGAGAAACAGUUUCCUAAUUUAGAAAAUCUUAAGAAAUUCAGUAAGUUUCAAAUUUCAGACAUUAUGUAAACCUAAUGUUGA